AAGCUCAUUUAAAAUGAAUCAAUCAACGGUAGCCGAAGAGUCACAGUGUCACAUCAUGGAUAAAAACAUCGAUUUUCACAUUGUCCAGUUGUUCGAACGGUUGGAAACGCUCCGGAAGGAUCCGGGUCCCAAGUUAUCGCUAUCCGUGCAGGGACGUGCCAACAUGCACAAGGAACUUCGCACACUGGAGCUUUGGAGAUCGGUCACGUCGGAGUGUUUGGCUUCGUUCUUCUAUGUGUUUGUUGUCUGCGGUGCAGCUGCCGGUGCGGGUGUUGGAGCGAGCGUGUCUUCGCUACUGCUGGCAACAUCGCUAGCGUCUGGGCUAAUCGUCAUCGUACUGACGCAGUGCUUUCUGCACGUCUCAGGCGCACAUAUAAAUCCAGCUGUCACCAUGGCCCUGGCGGUGACACGUAAGAUAUCGGCGCUUCGUGCCAUCCUCUACAUUACGGCCCAGUGCGGUGGAUCGAUAGCCGGUGCUGCCAUGCUGUACGGAGUAACAGUUCCGGGUUAUCAAGGUAAUCUACAGGCAGCUGUUUCGCACAGUGCUCAACUUGCGCCCUGGGAACGAUUCGGGGUCGAGUUUAUCCUGACGUUUAUCGUCGUCCUGGCGUACCUUAUCUCGACCUGUUCCUUCAAGAAGUACUUCGGUUCGUCGGCGAUCGUCAUCGGUGCGGCGUACAGUGCAUGCAGCUUUGUUUCGAUGCCCUACUUGAAUCCAGCCCGCUCGUUGGGUCCAUCGUUUGUGUUGAAUAAAUGGGACAAUCAUUGGGUGUACUGGAUUGGACCAUUCUUCGGAGGCAUUAUUGCUGGCCUGAUACAUCAGUUUGUGUUCACACCGAAGCAGAAAUCGAACGGCAAAUCGAAGAGUGCAAACAGCUCAAGCAUUUCAGCGGUGGCUGCAGAAGAGCCCAACAACUACACUGUGGAUGUAAGCAAAAUGGCUGCAGCGCAAGGUGUCGUCGGGAAGUUCCAAAAUGCACGUCAUCAUAGUGGUACGCUACCUUCCCGCUUUUGCCAUAGCAUGUACGCGAGUAGCGAUCAACCGACGAUUAAGAUUGAGCCUCUGGAACCGAUUUACGGUGCCGCAAGCAAGUCCAUGUUUGGUAAAUCGCCCCAAAUGUCUCGUUCGAAUCUGAAUCGCUCACAGUCAGUGUACGCCAAGAGCAAUACCGCGUUGCAUCAGGAGAUCCCGGCCACCGUUGCUGCUACGGCUACGUUGCGCCCAGGUGUUUUAGUACCAGCACAAAGUCUUUAUCCUCUGCGAGUAACACAGCAACAGCAGCAGCAGCCCCAUGUGCACACACAAAACCAAAACGUACAGAACCAGCUGCACCAGCGAUCGGAGAGUAUCUACGGUAUUCGGAACACGGUUCGACAGCAGCAACAGUUGGCCGAACAUCUGACCCAGCAAUUGGCACCACGACCAAGCCACACGGAGGGCGGUGGACAAGCAUUUCAACCCAUCUACUCAGUGAGAAACAAUCCUAGCUGCUCUUCCGACGGUUUGCGAGACGUUCACGAACAAGCCGGCUGCGAUAAGGUAAUCAACACGCUAACUCGCUCCGAUCGGCCGGAAUCCGUGUACGCCGCGACACGUCGCAUCCAUUCGACACAUUCGGAUGACAGUUCGUACGGCUCGUAUCAUGGCAAUGGGCAGGGCAAUACACCACCAACGCGUGACCAUCAUCAGCAUGGUGGGGCCUACGGUGGGUCACUGCUGCAUCCGGCAUCAAGCUCUCGCACCAUGCCGCACCCGCACGGACAUAGGGGAGUCGUCAUACACGAUCCUAGCAUGCCGCCUCCACCGCCACCACUAAUGAGCUGCAGCUAA